AUGACCGCUCUCACAACUACUCAAACGCGUUCACACGCGGGCCACUCUCAUCAUCACCAUCAUGAUAAUACAUACCUCACCUCUACGAAUAAGAACGAUGCCGGUGUGCGGAUUACUCGGAUUGGACUUUAUUCGAACUUGGGCAUGGCGGUUGCCAAAGGAGUAGGAGGAUACAUGUUCAACUCUCAAGCUAUGUUGGCAGAUGCCUGGCACAGUGUCACCGAUCUUGCCAGUGAUAUCCUUACAUUGGCGACAGUUUCCUGGAGUCUCAAACCUCCAACCGAACUCUUUCCAACAGGUUUUGGAAAGGUUGAAAGCUUAGGAUCAUUGGGUGUUAGUGGCAUGCUUCUUUUCGGAGGGAUGUUUAUGUGCUUGAAUAGUUCUGAGAUCCUGUAUGCACAUUUCUUCUUAGAUGCCCAUGCGGCCGCAGAAGCUGCCGCACAUGCACAUGGACAUAGUCAUAGCCAUGGGCCAUUACUACCUAGUUUACACGCUGCUUGGCUAGCUGCCGGUACAAUCGUCGUCAAGGAAUACCUAUACCAAGCAACAAUGAAAGUAGCACGAGAAAGAAAGAGCUCAGUUCUAGCCAGUAAUGCGAUUCAUCACAGAGUUGACUCCCUCACCGGUAUCGUUACCCUUUUCGCAAUUCUCGGAGCAAAUUUCCUACACGAGGCAGCUUGGUUGGACCCCGUUGGAGGAUUCCUCAUCUCAUUACUCGUGAUUAAGGCUGGAUGGGGCAAUACUAUAUCAGCGCUAUACGAAUUGGCAGAUAGAGGAAUCGACUCCGAGGUCAAGGAGUCUGUCACAAAAGCGGUACAAAAGAGUCUGCUCAAUCUUACAGAAGGGUCAGAAGUGGAAUUACGAGAAGUCGAGGGUGUUAAGUCCGGACAGAACUAUCUGAUAGAGCUUCAACUUGCCGUACCCAAGGGAUGGACAGUUGAGGAUAUUAGAGAAGUAGAGGAUAGUGUCAGACAAAUGGUCGGCUCAAAGGUUCGAGGUGUUCGACGAGUAAAAGUACGCUUUGUACCAAGAGAUGAAGCUAAACCUUCCCUUUUCGAUGAGUUUAUCAGUGGAGAUGUGAGCCCACGAGAAAGCCCUGAACCUGAAUUGAAUGGACACGACCACGACCACGAUCACGAUCACAAUGGACAUGCCCACAGUCAUGACACUAAGAAGACGUUAUAG